AUGAGUCAUAUAUUGUCGCAGAAACCAGCUGCUCUCGCUGCUUCAGGCAGGAAUGCAGUGUUUUUGAGUAGAAAUUGGCACCUGAUGGACGACGAUGAUGAUAUAAUAGUGAUAGAGGAGAGUAUAUGUUUACCUCCGUCACCCGUGCGAAGGAGUGCCCCACUCAGGGAAAUCGAGAUUCUAGAUGAACCGGGGCCGAGCACCUCAGGUAGCAUACUAGACAAGCACGUCAAACUGCCGAGCACGUCUGACUCCUACUCUAAUUUCAACAAACUCUUGGAGUUGGAGCAGCUGAUUGCUAGGGCUAAAGCGAACUCGGUUAAUAAGCGAUCACCUAAACUAGGUUUGGGUGGGAGUGACAAUGAUGAUUGUGCUAUCAUGGUGCAGGAGAAUAUUCCUGCUGAUGAUGUGUUAGCCGUACAGGAAAAAACUGUUCCCUUAGCGGAGGAGCCUGAGGUUCCGGUCAAGAAGAAAAGAAGAAAGGAGCCAUCCGAAGCCAAAUUGCAAAAGGAGCGCGAGCGAAAGCUGAAAGCCAUCGAGAGAGAAAAGAAUGCGUCUAUUAAUAGUAGAUGCGAGCAUUAUAUGUAUUGUCAUGUGCCUCGACUCGUUUUCGAUACUUUUACUGAUACCGAACUGAACACGCGUAUGGAGUUUCUUCAGCGUAAUCUCCAAGAACAACUAAUAUGCGAUGAGCAGCGAAACGAUAUGCAGAUUGUCUGGUACCGUAAGUGUAUCGAUGUCGAAGAAACGGACAGUGGCAUAACGAAGAGAGAGUAUGAGGCCCUUCAACACGUCUUUGCUGUCGUGAUCUCUGCUGAUUCGUUCAAGGAAUUAGUGAAGAGCAAAACCCUUGAAGAUUUUGUUACGUCCCAGAAGUUAUCCUACUCACUGCCUAAUCCUACACUCGUAAUAAUUAUAUUUGGGAAACAAUCCCGCAACCUAUUUGAUUUAUCAAUCUCUUUGUUCGAAUACUAUCGAACCCAGCUAAACUAUGUUGACAACGCUAAAGAGUUUGCCAUUUAUUUGGCGCAAAUCAGUCGCGCAUUGGCGAAACUAGAAAAACCAUCGAGCAAGCAAGAUCGUCUGAUUGUGGAUGUUGAGAAGGGUAUAAAAGAUGGCGCACCAGAGGAGCUGAUUGAAGAUUGGUGGGACAAGAUGUUAGCAGUAAUCGCUCGUAUGCAUGAUGCACAUCGACGUGCCAUUAUGGCAAAAUAUCCUAAUCCAAUACUAGCGAGCAAAAGAUUUUCAGAGAUGGGCUAUGCGAAUGCUGUGAAAGAGUUGUCAGAGCUUCGAUCCGAAUCUGGUCGCCGCCUUGGGCCUGUAAUGGCACAUAGGCUUUUCAUGAUACUUACCGAUCUCACUGGAAGGGAAACCGUUGCAUAG